GAACACGGCCAGCCUCAGCUUGAUUAUUAUUAUUAUUAUUAUUAUUGUUGUUAGUAUCACUCUUAUCCAAAAGUCCUUCUUGGAUUCUUGGGCAUACUGCCCGUGAACAUUGGAUGGCGGGCCCAAGAUCGACCUCCCUCCGCCGCUUGGACAGUGGACUUGCCGAGUUGAUCUGGGAGCGCACCUGACCCUAUCUGCCCGUGUUCCCCCUCCUCUUCGUGCCCGGUGCGCGCGCGACCUGAGCUCGUGAGGCCUUUUUCCUCGUGGGCUUCAUCAUGCCGUCCGUUUUGGGCCGAGGUUUCUUCCGGCCUCGCGAGAAAUCGCUCAUUCUCUUGGUCAUGGUCACGUUCGCCUGCGUUUGCUUCGGCGCCAUCUUCUUCUUGCCCGAGAAAUCCGCUCUGGGCUUGGGCGCCAUGGACGAUUUGCACGAGAACCGCGUGUAUCGCGUGUACCAGGAGCUAAAAAACGCCGGUCAGGACUUCAUCAUCCCAGCCCCGCCUCGGUUAGACCCGGCUGAGCUCAAUCCCAACCUGCGACACGGCGUCAUCGAUCGCCCCGAUCCGCACCAAGCUCAGGACAAGGCCCGCCUCUUGGCCCAAAUCGAGAUGGACCUGGAGAUCAAGGAGCUACGCCAAAAGGCCGCCGGUCAACGCGUCUUGGACAAACCUCAACUUGAUCUGGCCCAGCGGUCUUCCUCCGCUUCGCCCGCCCACCCGCCGGUCCCCCCCGUGGCCUCCAUAGUGAUUCAGGGCGGGUCGGAUGCUGACCCGGAUGUGCAAAAACGCCGUGAGACAUGAUGAAGCACGCGUGGGAUGGCUAUGCCAAGUAUUCUUGGGGUAAAAACGAAGUCAAACCCGUCAGCAGGAGAGGUCAUUCCGGAUCAAUUUUCGGGUCCUCUAAUACCGGGGCCACGAUUGUGGACGGAAUGGACACGCUCUACAUUAUGGGUUUUAUGGAAGAGUUCCAAGCUGGAAAGGAAUGGAUUGCGGAAAAUCUAAACUUUGAUCACAUGACUGGUGACAUUUCUGUCUUUGAGACAAACAUUCGAUUCGUUGGAGGUCUUGUGUCCUUGUAUUCUCUCACUGGAGACGAAUUGUUCAAGGAAAAAGCCGAUCAUGUAGCCAGAAAGCUCUUGCCCGCUUUCAACACUCCCACGGGUAUUCCGCUAGCUUUGGUGAACAUGAGAACGGGCAGUUCGAAGAACUUUGGUUGGGCUAGUGGGGCUUCCAGUAUUCUCUCCGAAUUUGGAUCAUUACAUAUGGAAUUCUCUUAUCUCUCUGACAUCACAGGAGAUCCAAUCUUCCGACAAAAAGUCGAGAAAGUUAGAGAUGUGGUGGCUUCGGCCGAACGGCCCAAAGGCUUAUACCCCAAUUACUUGAGUCCCAAAACUGGAAAAUGGGGCCAGUUUCACACAUCGAUGGGAGCUCUGGGCGAUUCGUUCUACGAAUAUUUGCUGAAGGAAUAUCUUCGCUCUGGGCGAAAGGACAACCAAGCCAAAGAUAUGUUCAUUGAGGCGGCCAACGAUGUAGCCAACCAAUUGGUCAAAAUCUCGCCCGGAGGCUUAACUUACUUCGCUGAGUACAAGUAUGGCCGAUUGGAACAUAAAAUGGACCAUCUGGCUUGCUUUGGUGGUGGGAUGUACGCCCUUGGCGCCAAAACAUUGAAAAAUAGCUACGAAAACGAGUGGAUGAAAAUUGCCGAGGGCAUCACGAACACGUGUCACGAAUCAUACGACAGGACUGACACCAAAUUGGGUCCCGAGGCCUUCAGAUUUUCUGAUGCCGUGGAAGCUCGAGCCAUUAAAUCCACGGAGCGAUAUUACAUCUUGCGACCGGAGACGUUUGAGUCCUAUUUUGUCCUCUGGCGGUUAACCCAUGAUCAGAAAUAUCGGGAUUGGGGAUGGGAGGCUGUUCAGGCCUUGGAGAAACAUUGCAAAGCUGAAGGUGGCUACACCGGGCUCAAAAAUGUCUAUGCAGUGGAUUCGCCUAAAGAUGAUGUCCAACAGAGUUUCUUCUUGGCCGAAACUCUCAAGUACCUCUACCUUCUGUUCAGUGACGAUAGCCUGAUGUCAUUGGAUGAGUGGGUCUUCAACACCGAAGCCCAUCCCUUACCAAUAAUGGGGAAGAACAAGCUCUACCGUCCCAAGGGCUCAAACAACGUGCAGCCAUAAUUCCAAAGUUCACCAGCCCUAGCUCAACACCACACGCUUAUUUAACAACAUUCACACCAAUAUCAACCAAUUGAUUCGACUCUUUCCAAUGUGCGUGAGCGGCGUGAGCUCUCACUCAUGGAUUGGACACAAUUAGUUAGCUACGUGAGUCGCCCGCAAGUCGGUUGGUUGACUGCCUGCGAUUUGGGUCAUGGUGACUACAUGGUGACAGCGGAGACCACCCCUACCUAGUUUUAUUGCCGGGAUUGAAUGGGAUCAACCAAGACUACAAUCAAACCAUUUGAGUUGUAUCAAAUGAUGAUACGGUUUUCUGGGCUGUGACUUCAAGACCUUCGACGAAAUUGAUUCCACGCAAUCUCUUGAAUACCAAAUCCAGUGUGAGAGCGACGGAGGACUGCUACCAGAUCCCACGAUUGGUUUCAAAUGCCUCCUCAGUCUCACCUCGAUGACUAUUAAUCCGUAAACAGACACGCACCUUUCACUUACCAUUAACCUACGACACCCGUCAAUCCCAUCGGUGUGACGGGCGGAACUCAAGUUGUGGAAAUGACAAAGUGAUCAGUGAAGAGAACCUUCCGACCUUGGUGCAGGAAGAUGACUCAGUGUAGCAAUCCCAAUGAUAAACUGAAAAUGUGAUACUUCGUAGAACGAGCCUCUCCUCCCUUUACUCAAAAGUGUUGUUUGUUGUUGGUUUAAGAGGAUUUUCGAGCCCUUUGACAUUUCAUUUCGUUAUCUUCGCGGCCAUUUCUAAGGACAAGAAAAAAAGAAGAGAGCCCAGUAAGAAAAGAGAAAAAGCCAAUCUCGCCUUCGUCAAUGGUGAAUGAGGGACACCCCUCGGUGACUUUAAGGCAUGAAAUCCUCCAUCUUCUCUUCUGAGCUCUCGGGUUUCCCACUGUGUAACGAAAAUGAUUAACCAACGUUUAGUGGAAGACCAAGCUUCGGCCACAAGAAAUACAUCCAAAGCACAAAAGAUGACUGAAAAAAGUGCAAGAAAACAAGGGCCUUUUGGCCUUUUUAACAUGUACCGAUUGAGUUGUCCACAUUCCUGGCAUUCGUGGAAUGUGACUGAAAGCAUUCAAAGCAACUGACUUCAGUGAAUGUCAAUGUCAUCGUAUUUUUCCCCAAACACCACCAACGCUUGAAAGGAGCAUUUAUUGUUUUUUUAGUUGGCCUUUCGUUGGUUAGUGGUACUCAUAUUUCUUAACUCAUGUUGUCAUUGGCUCACCUUAUUCUCUCCUUCUACCCUUCUUUCCUUUUCAUUCCUACUUUGUUAAGGUUCAUCUGAGGUCUACCGAAUGGUAGGCCUUUACUUUUUUUCGCUGAAUAUAUAUCGUAGAAUUCGAUUGGCUCAAAAGAAUAAAGAGUUUAUCAUCGGAA